AUGGCGUUCCAGCCGCUGUCCGUCGGUGACAUCCUCAUGUUGUCCCAGACAGCAUGGAAGAUAGGACGAGCUUUCACCCACGGCAAGAAGAGUGCGCCUUCCGAGUUCGCCGAGAUUGAAAGAGAAGCAAAUGGCCUGAGCGACGCCUUGAAGCUGGUCGCCGAAACAUUGCACUCAGAUGGAAGCAUACUGUCGCAAGCGGACAACGAUACCAAGUCUGCAAUCAGUGCGAUCCUGGAGAGUGCACACAGGACCCUUGACGACCUGGACAGCUUCGUGGAUCGAUAUCAGGUCAUCAAAAAGAAAGAGACCAAUGCAGGCUUCGUUGUUGAGCGAAGCUGGAGCGAUGUCGUUCUGGCCAACUACAACAAGUUCAAGUGGACGACAGAAGGAGGCGACGUUACGGAACUGAGGAACAUGCUACAGAUGCACACCAGUUCAAUCAACCUCACGAUGCAAGCAUUGCAGAGCAGGUCUCUGGCCAGACUAGAGAAGACCGUGGUGCCAAUGGCUGAGAACAUCGCCAGUAUCCACGACCGGGCUCACGGCGACCUUGGCGAGGAGAUAGAUGACCUGCAUCGUAUCAUAAUGUCCAUUGCUACCAGCAUUCCACGUCUUCAGGCAACGGACAGAGCGAUCGAGUCAGGAAGCAUACGCGACAGUACGAGCACAGUUUCGACCGUCGAGCAGAUCACUGCAAGCUACGGCGAGCGACGAAUGCUCGAGCCUCCUCCACCACGUUCUUCAAGCUACCAAUUACCCCCACGCGACGUCAAACGUUCCCCACGGGGUUCUCCUGCGCAACUUGCCGUCAACGGAUCCAACGGCGAGAAGUCAAGUCGCGAGGACUCUGCUUAUUAUAGUGUUUCCUCUGACCGACAACCCUCCGAUAAGGAUAAAUGCAUGGAUUGGGACUUCGAAACCGGAUCGCCGGUUGAUGCUCGCGACAGCAUAGGCGGGCACAUCGAGGGAACCGCGGGCCAAUCGCCCAACGAUAGCGCAUACGCGUCUAGCUCGCGCCGCGCUUCGUAUCGGCGCGAGUCGACGACCCUUCCAAGCUUGUUCAGAGCGGUUGACGAGCAGUAUGAUGCCGUCGCUGGCAGUAGCAGGGACGAACAGAAUGUGGACGUGUCACCGAGAAGCGAACAAAGGUCCUGGAGAUCAUCUGCAGACACCGACCUGCUAGGGGCCCCCGCCAUCCCAGACAAGAGCGACAAACGACCGAGUCCGCCCGCGACACCGUCUUCGAUAUUCUCCAGAGUUUCACGAAGCAAGAGCAAUAUCAUCAUCAAUGAUCGUCCUCGGACCGCAAAGUCUAUAGCACCUUCGACCAGGGUGUGGUCUGCCCAGGUUCAGUCGCCAAACUAUACCGAAGGGAACAGGUUCGAAAGACAGCUGUUCCGCAACGCGGCUAUACUGUGCGAUGUGCGUGGUCACAGAGUUGAGUACGCCCGCGAGAACCCUGACGAGCCGGAUCCACGAUACAAUGUCGACAUGGUCGACGCCUGUAAGGGAGGUCGCAUCUGCGUGAUCCGCAAACGGGAGAAUCGGGAACAUGGUGGUACGAGAGUAACAACCUCAAUAUGGUGUCUAUCGGACGACGGCGAGAUGAGGAUUCAGCACAAGCUAUCAGAUCUGCAAGAGACUGUCCCAUACUGUUCGUACUUCGAGCCCGAAAAGGUGUCCUUGCAGCCAGCAGAAGGUCCCAUCGAGCUCAAGUGCCACGGCGACCAAUGGGGCGACAUGUUGACGGAGGAAAUCAAGACGAACUGGGUCAACUACUACUUUGCGUCCGAAAACGACGCUGUGGCCUUCCAGUCGGCUGUGUUUGGCCGCUUACUGAUCGGCAGCUAUCGAACGACGAAGACGACCGUCAUCCACGAAGGCCUGAAGGGCGCCUUCGCCUUCGAAGAACAGUUCGCCAACAUCGAAAUGCUGCGGCUAUGGGAAGACGACGGCGUAGCUACAGCCGGUGCUGCAGGCGGCGUUCUGGCUCUCAUGCAUAUCAGCUCGAACUUUGGCGAAGGCUGGGCACGAUGGUGGAUCAACAGCAGCAAGCAACAAGUCAAGGUGAAAGACGAUGGUCUGAAGUACGCCAAGGUGAAGGGUAUUGACAUCACAGUUGUCAGACCUGGCGCUGCUGCCGCUGCCGAGAGAUUGAGGAGUCCGUCUUCUGCUGCUAGUGAGAUUGUGCCCUCGAGGCGGAACUCUGAGAAGAAUUCGCCUGUUAAGCAAGUCAAUGGUGUUAAGAUCGAGUUUAAGACUGAGGAGGAGAGGGCGAAGUUUGUGAGUGCGGCAAAGAAGGCGCAGAUGAAUACUAUACCGCUGCCGGAUCUGUGA